AUGCGGAGAGUGGCAGCUCUUGGCAAUGUGCUGUUGCUGGCAGUCGUGUUUCCUAGCGGCGGAGAUGCCACUCGAACAGAGGGCCCGGAGGUUCAUAGCACCAAAGUGGCGGGGCUUUCGACGCUUCGUUACUGGCUUGCAAACGGGACGAAGGUCGCGCUUCCUCUCCAGGACUUCCAAUCGGGGACAGGUGGGCAGACCUUCUCCUUCAACCUGACCGUCGACAAAGAGACGACUGAACUGGGCUUCUUCGCAGUCACCCAAGACAAUCGCUGUAACGUCACCCUCACCACAGCAGCUCCGGUUACGUCCGCUCUGCCGCCCAGCUUCCCUUUCCAUCCCCUCCUGUGGCGGAGCGACUCCGCCUUCCGUUUGGCAAACGUAACGCAACCAGCGCGCUUCAGCAUCAGCGUUACGUCGAGACAUGGCCGUGUGCCGGUGAUCUAUGUCGUCGAGGUUACGCGGGCCGAAGGGAAGCUCAGCACCUUGGGGCGGCUGACGGCCAGCUUCGACGGACGCAAGGUUGACGUCAGCCUGAAAGAUCCGGAAUACGUGCAGGUCCCAGGCAUUCAAGCCUCAACAAAUUUCGUUCUCCUCGAAUGGACGCCGUCGGAUUCCGCCGCGCUCACGACCUAUCGCGAAUACGACCCCGUGCUUUGGGACCUCAUCGCUUAUGGGCGCGGCACGUCUUACAAGCUGGCGCUGACGAAAGGAGCCGACGUCAGCGUGACCCUCGAAGUGACGCCCGAGGACAGUUUGGCCGCGCCCGCUACGUCGUAUUCCGUCAGCGUCAGGGUUCCGGUCGCCGGAACGGAACUGAAAGACGUGGAAGUAAGCCCGGCUGGCUUGCUCGAACCCCCGUUCUCUCCAAGCGUCUACUUCUACAAGCUGCGCUUGCCCAGCCACGUGGACAACUUCACUCUUGCCACGUGGACGCUUCGCAACGAUUCGACGGCAAGCAUCCUGUACAUGGGCGUGAACGUCACGGGAACGGAAAACGUGACGGCGGCAGAGAUCCCGGCAGAUGCCGGGACUGUUUUCAUCGACGUGAAGAACGCGCAAGGGAAGCGGUCGAGAAACAUGUACGAGAUCGAUACGGUGCACCUACAGGAUUACGAGAUGCUGCCGUUCUUGGAUCUGAAAGCGAGCCGCCUCGAGGACUCUCGGCACAGGAAAAAGCCUUCCUGCGAGCACACACCUGGCUUCUACGACGGCCUCACUGCCGCUGUCGGGGACGAGGUCGAGUUCCAGAUUACCGCGAACUGCAGCCGCUUCGCCGCCACUUUUGGCGGCGACCGUUCUCUGUGCCAUGGGCUGGACGGCUUGCGUUUGGAGCUCGUGCUGGUCGCCCUCUCUAACGGCACCGUUACGCGGACCAACGUCACGGCAACGGUCGGAGAAGGCCGUUUCCGGUCCCGAUUCGCGGAUUCCGGCGCGGAAUAUUCCGUGCAAGCGGGGCUCGUGGCUUGCGAGGAAGAGCCGGAGCGGUGUUCAGCGGAUUCAUACCGACGGCUUGCGCUUUCGCAGACUCUUCUGGUCGUACCGGCAGUACCGCAUCCGGACCGCUCGCCCCACGCCCCCUUGCCUGAGAUAGUAGCCACUAACAGGACGUCAGCAAAGCAGCCGUCUGGCGGGAGACGAGCAGCUGAACGGCCCUAG